UGCAAUGAAAGGAGCAGCGCCUGGUUAAUGCCCUCGAUGCCCGUCUCGAUUCGUCACGCUGACUCCAUGAUCCGAACUACUUCAAGACCCCCAUACCUCGCCCAAGGUCCGGGCACCCGAUGUGAAGGGUUUCGAAAGAAAGGGAAGCCGACUACCAGAGCCCCUCUCCUGUGUCGAUGUUGAAUUGCAGCCAGCAGACGCCACACUGUCGUCAUGUACGUGACUGCGUAUGCUAUGAAAGUUCAAACAUCACGUCGUCUAUUGUGGCCGUGUGUAAUACUCGGCUUGCUCAUGAUGAUACCCACGGGCGCAAUCAAGGGCAAUGCCUGCUGAACACCGUAGUCGUGACCCCAGCGUCAGCAGCGCGUCGGCCGUGUUUGAUCUCUCUGACUGCACAUACAUCUGUAUACACGGGGCGCUGUAUCCCGACCAUCCGUUGCUUACACGCAAAGCGUGUAAUCCAUGUAGCUUAUUGUCCGACUCGGAGACGUCUCCAUGCGAUGUGUCUGUCUCGGGGCGCGAAACCCCAGCGUGGAAGCCAAACCGAUCAUAUUCCGCGGCCUCUCCGCCGGGUUGGGCUGCCAAGUUCGGACGCGUUUGUGACAACAUUGUUUCGGGCUCACGACGGGCGUCCGCGGCUGUGGCUUUGGGACACCUAUCUUGCGACGCAGUGCGUCGGUCACUGGUACCAUACAUAUACUACGAUACACAAACGGACAUGCCGAGUCGGAGGGUGGGAGAGCGCAGACAUGGACUAGUGAGACAACGUAAGUUCCCCGAUGUUCGUCGCUUGAGAAAAAUUGGGGGUAUGACCGUUUCGAGACGAUGCGGGUGGCAGCUAAGAUACACACUUGGUCUAUUGCUGGACGUCGAACGAGCCAUGAAUGUCUCCCUCUACCUUUGUAUGGAGUUCGGGGCCUGUACCACUGGGCCUGACUGUAUCGUUUACAAGGCGGCGGUGGC